ACGCCGGUCCGGUGAGCGCGCGCGAAAGCGGGAGCGUCCUCUUCUUUCUGGCGGUGAGGGUGAAAAACGUCCAGUAAAACUCCACAAUCCGCAAACAUCCACCGAACCAUGGCGGACCCGAAGGAUGCACAAGAUGAUCACGAGACGUCCACAGAUAACGUAGACGACUCAAACCACGACCCCCACUUUGAGCCCAUCGUGUCGCUGCCUGAGCGCGAGGUCAAAACUCUGGAGGAAGAUGAAGAGGAGCUGUUCAAAAUGCGGGCGAAGCUGUACCGGUUUGCGAGCGAGAACGACCCGCCGGAGUGGAAGGAGCGCGGCACGGGCGACGUCAAACUGCUGCGGCACAAAGAGAAAGGCUCCAUCCGGCUCCUAAUGAGGAGAGACCGCACACUAAAGAUCUGUGCCAACCACCACAUCAUGCCGCUGAUGGAGCUGAAGCCGAACGCGGGCAGUGAUAGAGCCUGGGUGUGGAACACACACGCUGACUUCGCAGACGAGGAACCCAAACCGGAGCUGCUGGCCAUCCGCUUCCUCAACGCCGAGAAUGCACAGAAGUUCAAGGCGAAGUUUGACGAAUGCAAAGAGGAAGUGCGGAAAUUUCUGGAAGGCAGCGCCGACAGCGCAAACAAAGUGGCGGAGAAACUGGAGGAGCUUUCCGUAAAGGACGAGAAGACGAAGAGCUCCGAGGAGGAGAAAAAAGAGGAGAAAUGAGCCCAGCGAUGGCGCUUCUCUCUCUCUCUAUCUCUCUCUUUGACCUGCAACACUUCUCCCUUUUCUACAAUAGACUCUAUAAAAUUUGGACACUUUUUUUUUUUGGUUUGUUUUUUGUUACUUAUUUUUAUUUGUUUUCCUCCCGACAUCACAAGACCUUGAUGCCUCUUUAAAGUGUCCGUUUCUCAAUCAUCGAAAUGUUGCGUGGUUGUUCCCCCUUCCACACCGACGCACCUCUCUUCCCGCUCCUCUGUGGGUUCUCCUGUCUGUUCUGGCCACUUUCUGAAACCCCACGUAUCACCAUGACCGUGCUGUAAGACGAGGCUUGUGCUAUUGAUCGAUUCCCACAUUGGGGAACUUUUUGUUUUUUCCAUUUUUUUUGUUUUGUACUCUAAGGUAGCAGCGUGAAAUCCAGCGUGUGGGUGAACACUGUUAAUGGGAUGAGGAAGCAGAAUGAGUGAGUGGGGCGUGAGCGGGUUUUGUAGCGAAUCUUUGACUAAGCGGUGGGGAUGGUGUCAGAUUUUUGGGUUUAGAGCCUUUUUUAACGUGACCUCUGUCGGCCGCGUCCACAGCACUUGGUCACGGUGAGUUUCCCUGCACUUAGUAAACGAACAGAAAACCCACAGACUCUAAACACACUUCUAAUAGAGGACAGUAAGCAGUUGCUGCACAUUGCCUUCUGUUAUAAGCGUGUUUUAGCAGGUUUUCUGUCAGUCGUCUGUGGAUCGUGGCCGACAGGCGGUGGGUUAAAAAAGGUUUUAGGACUAGUUUUGAGUGGAGUGAAAGAUCUUGGAGGGGUGAAAGUGCAUCUGCUCGUCGACCAGCCAUUGAAGAAACUCAUAAAAUAAAUAAAUGAAACUAAACCGAGGCCUGGCUGCUUGUCUGCUUCAAAAGAAAUCAAGAAAAUAAAGAUACAGUUCACUCGAGGUUCUUCUCUGAGAGUCUUGUGCUCAAUUCCACAAAUACUAAAGGAAGCGUUCAGCUUUCUGGGCCUGAAAGUCAGGCUGUGCUUCGCGGUUGUAUCAGAAAUCCAGUCGAUAAUAAAACUCUGGUCAUUCCACUGGACAGUUGGACAGGGUUUCUUUUUUUCUUUUUCUUUUUAAAUUUUGAGGUGCAAAAGUGUUGAAGCCCUUUCCUGCCAGGUAGAGGAGAAAAAAUUAGGAACCGCCCACUUCUCUUUCUGGCAGCAUGCCAAAAUAAGUAGUGUUUCAAAGUGUUGACUUAUUUUCUCUAAAUAUUCACUUAGAAUCUUUAAUAAUUACUCUUCUUAAAAUUUUGAAUUACUAUCAAAAUAAUGACUGAUUUUUCUCAAAAUAUUCGCUUUGGAUCUUAAAGUAAGUUUUGAUUCUCUUUAAAACAAAAAAAGAUGUAAAAUUUAAAUUAUUACUUUGCCAAAAUAGUGAAUUUCCGAUUGACUGUGCCAAAAUUGAGUUAUUAGAUUUCAAGAAGGUGCUGAAUGAUUUUGGGAGUCUAAGUCAGUAUUUUGACAUAGUAAGUUGAUUAUUUUGAGAAAAGUAAUUAUUUUUUCACAAGUCCAAAUUUGGAGAAGUCAUUAUUUUAAAAUUUUCACUUUGAAUUUUGAGGAAAUGUCUUUAUUUUGACCUUGUAAGUCAAAAUACAUACAUACAUACAUCAUCUAAACCGCUUAUCCUUCUGGGUCGCGGUGGGGUGCUGGAACCUAUCCCAAAAUAAAUCAAAAUAAAUUAAGAAAAAUAAAGAUCUUCUUCUACAGCUGCCAGAAACAGAACGUUUUGUUCCUCCACUCUCUUCUCCUGCACAUGGUGCCAAAGGGCUUCCAUGCAGAAGGGAUUUUGCGCUGAAGUUUGAGGGGUGGUGAUUACAGGAAGUGGGCUCAGGAGGGUACGCUUAUUAUUAUUGUUUUUUUUUUCUUUUUAACUGAGUUGUUGCUCAACGUUUCUAACAUUGGGAAUAUGAACGUUUGUCUUUUUAUUUUGAAUAAAUCUUCUGGGUGAAUAGUUUGUCCUCUUGCAUUCCCGGCUCUUCUGGGCUCUUUUGGUAUGAAAAUCAGGCACGUUGUCUUAACGUCGGCUUUCUGAUGACUGACUUGAAGAAAUCUCAUAUUUUAUAGUGAUGAUGUUUGGCACGCUGUGUUUGAGGGUUGUGAAGAAACCAAAAUUAAAAACCAAUGAUUUAUCCUUCAA